AUGGCUCCAAUCGCCACCUCCUCACCCUCUCCCUCCCUCCCAACCAACAGCUCCAGCCUAGCCAGCUACAAAGGCUACGACCAUGUGCACUGGUACGUGGGCAACGCCAAACAAGCCGCCACCUUCUACAUCACGCGCAUGGGCUUCAAGCGCGUCGCCUACCGGGGCCUGGAGACCAACAGCCGAGCGAUCUGCUCGCACGUCGUCCGCAACGGCGAUAUCACCUUCAUCCUGACCUCUCCGCUCCGCUCGCUGGAGCAGGUCUCCCGCUUCGAGCCGGAAGAGCAGGAGCUGCUGCGGGACAUCCACCAGCACCUGGCGCAGCACGGCGAUGGCGUCAAGGACGUCGCGUUCGAGGUCGACUCGGUGGACGCCGUCUACAACGCAGCCGUGAGCAACGGUGCGAAAGCCAUCUCGGGUCCGCGCACCCUCGAGGACGCGGAUGGGCGGGUCCGCGUCGCCACCAUCCAGACCUACGGCCAGACGACACAUACUCUGAUCGAGCGGGGACAGUACCGCGGCGCCUUCCUGCCUGGCUACCGCGUGGAGCAGGGCGAUGCGGAUCCGAUCUCCGCGCUGCUGCCUGGGGUGCAUCUGCAGCGGAUUGAUCAUUGUGUUGGGAACCAGGACUGGGAUGAGAUGGACCAGGUUUGCCAGUACUACGAGAACGCCCUCGGAUUCCACCGCUUCUGGUCCGUCGACGACAAAGAUAUCUGCACCGAAUUCUCCGCUCUAAAGAGUAUCGUCAUGGCGUCGCCCAACGAAGUCGUCAAAAUGCCCAUCAACGAGCCCGCCAAGGGGAAGAAGCAGUCGCAGAUCGAGGAGUACGUGGACUUCUACAAUGGAGCCGGCGUGCAGCACAUUGCGCUCCUGACAGAUAACAUCAUCCGGGAUAUCCGCAACCUUAAGGCGCGCGGAGUGGAGUUCAUCAAGGUUCCCGACAACUACUACGAGGAUAUCAAGAUCCGGCUGAAGAAGGCGGGUCUGGUGCUCCACGAGGACUUUGAGGAGAUCCGGGAGUUGGAUAUCUUGAUUGACUUCGAUGAGGGGGGAUAUCUGCUUCAGUUGUUCACUAAGCAUCUCAUGGACCGUCCGACUGUUUUCAUUGAGAUUAUCCAGCGGCAUAAUUUCUCUGGGUUUGGCGCGGGGAACUUCAAGUCGUUGUUUGAGGCGAUUGAGCGGGAGCAGGCUCUACGGGGGAACCUUGUCUAG